CCAUGCGUAGUUACGCUUUUACCCAACAUUACAGUUCGACCUACACACAGCAGAGUGCUGUGAGUGAUACAGUCAUGCGUCAGGGCGCGGAGCUGAAGGAGUUAAACAGAUGUAGAAUGGAGCGCUGAGCUGAGCUGAGCUGAGCUGCCAUGGAUCCACCUUCCCAGAGAUGCGGCGCCUCCUCACACAGAUGACUGGGGAACACAGGUAGUCUGUCCGGGCGGGCUCUCGGCAUACUUGUUGAUCUUCGGGCGAAAUAUGUGGAGCAGCAAAACCGGGGGAUGAGGCAGUAGAUCGUGCUGAAGAUCUCUCUGCCAUGUCGGAGACAGAGGACGGGGAAAUGGAUUGGGUUAGACCCUGGCAAUAGCAAACCAAUAACGACGCCUCCUGUUCUUUCUUUUUUUGAAGUGCUUCAUCUGCGUUUGUGGCAGCGGAUUGAUUGUUCCCAGAGCGAUACCAUAAUGAAUGAAAAGAAGAUCUACUGUAGUCCAUAGCCCUGGCUCUUUACAUGCUUCCUCAAGUUAAAGUCAUCAUGGAGAAAUCCCUGGCAGAGUUAAAUAAAGCUGGCUCCCGGUCAACAUCAUCACUGCCACCUGAACCUGUGGACAUCAUUCGCAGCAAGUCAUGUUUCCGCCGGGUCAGGCUGAAUGUCGGGGGUCUCCCACAUGAGGUCUUGUGGCGAACAUUAGACAGGUUACCACGAACACGUUUGGGAAAGUUAAGAGACUGCAACUCCCAUGAAUCUCUGAUGGAAGUGUGCGAUGACUACAACCUUGAGGAGAAUGAGUACUUUUUUGACCGACACCCGGGGGCGUUCACGUCCAUUCUGAACUUUUACCGGACGGGGAAGCUGCACAUGAUGGAGGAAAUGUGCGCCCUGUCGUUCAGUCAAGAACUCGACUACUGGGGCAUCGACGAGAUCUACCUGGAGUCAUGCUGCCAGGCCAGGUACCACCAGAAAAAGGAGCAAAUGAAUGAGGAGCUCAAACGAGAGGCGGACAAUUUGAAAGACAGAGAGGGAGAAGAAUUUGACAACACUUGCUGUGCUGAAAAACGAAAGAAACUCUGGGACCUCCUGGAGAAGCCCAGCUCAUCUGUUGCAGCAAAGAUCUUGGCCAUCAUCUCCAUCCUCUUCAUCGUGCUAUCCACCAUUGCCCUGUCUCUGAACACCCUCCCAGAGCUGCAGGACACGGAUGAGUUUGGUCAGUCGACAGACAACCCACAACUGGCCCACGUGGAAGCUGUAUGUAUUGCCUGGUUCACCAUGGAAUACCUGCUCCGUUUCCUCUCCUCCCCCAACAAAUGGAAGUUCUUUAAGGGUCCUCUGAACGUCAUUGACCUGCUGGCCAUCCUGCCCUACUACGUCACCAUCUUCCUGACAGAAUCCAACAAGAGUGUGUUGCAGUUUCAGAACGUACGGCGUGUGGUUCAGAUUUUUCGGAUCAUGCGUAUUCUACGUAUUUUGAAGCUGGCUCGUCACUCCACAGGUCUUCAGUCUCUGGGCUUCACCCUAAGGAGGAGUUACAAUGAGCUGGGCCUGCUCAUUCUUUUCCUGGCCAUGGGUAUCAUGAUCUUCUCCAGUCUGGUGUUCUUUGCUGAGAAGGAUGAGGAGGAUACAAAGUUUAAAAGCAUUCCAGCUUCUUUCUGGUGGGCUACUAUUACUAUGACCACGGUAGGCUAUGGAGACAUCUACCCCAAAACUCUCUUGGGAAAGAUUGUAGGGGGCUUAUGCUGCAUAGCUGGAGUGCUUGUAAUUGCUCUACCUAUUCCUAUUAUUGUAAAUAACUUCUCAGAAUUUUACAAAGAGCAGAAGAGACAAGAAAAAGCACUUAAAAGAAGAGAGGCACUAGAGAGGGCGAAAAGAAAUGGUAGCAUUGUCUCAAUGAACUUGAAAGAGGCGUUUGCUCGUAGUGCAGAACUGAUGGAUGUGGUGGUGGAGAAGAGCGAAAGGCCUCAUGACAACCACCUCUCUCCGAGUCGAUGGAAAUGGACCCCUAAGAGAGCUGCAUCAGAGACAAGCUCAAACCGUUCGUUCAAUGUCCAGGAGUUACGCUCUCCCAGCAAGGCCCGAGCCACCAGUCCCCAGAGGUUAAACGCCCAGAAGCUAGAGGAGAUGUACAACCAGAUGGCAAAGACACAGUCACAACCCAACCUUAAUGCUAAAGACAGGGGCUCCAGAGUGGGCAAACAGAGGGACGAGAUAGAGCUGGGCACUAUCCAAGAUCACGGACCACCAGUGCUAGGAACCAGAGAUGGAGUGGGGGACAUGAAAAGCUUGUCCAGCAUUGACAGCUAUAUCAGUUGUGCAACAGACUUCCAGGAGAGUACUCGCUUCCCCCACAGUCCAGGAAUCGACCUUGGUGUUCAGGAAAGCAACCGCUUCUCAUACAGUCCAGCUACAGCUUUGUCCCAGCAUGUCGGCACAAAAACAGGCCAUCAAACCACAGGGGAGCGCGAGCCCAUGCUGACUCCCGUGUCUGUCACAAAACCCUCAUGCCCAGAGAAUUCAAGGAAAUUCUUCUUUUCUGGAAACUACUCAAAAGGCCUUAUUCCCAAAGGAAGCUGCCGCAGCGAGGGUGAGUCAGGGCUGUCCCCGCUCUCAGACAGCUCGGUCAUGUCCGACCACUCUCUGUUAAGCCCUGAAGUUUCUGUCUAUACCACUGCCAGUAGCAGGACCCCACCCAAGUCUCCAGAAGACACCACCCUGGCUCCUACUGUCUUCACCUUCCACGACUCCUCCAUCAGCAAAUACAUCGACGCCGAUACAGAUGACGAUGAGCACCUCCGCGACAUCUCUGACACCAGUCCCUCUGAGCGCCUGCUGGCUGGUGGAAGCCCAAAGCGCAGUGUUAAUAAAAAUUACCAGAGGGGCACUAACCAUUUAGAAGCAGCCCAGAAAAUGCUGGGCCAGAACUGUCUGUUUCCCCUUGAAGGAAUUCGUGGGAUAUCUCAUGAGAAUCACAUAGGACCUGAGAUGGCACGCAGAUCAAAGGUGGAGAGGCGUCAGAAUACUUUGGAUAAAAACCUCUGAGGCACAAGUGAAGCAGAAACAAAGAGGAAGCUGGGGAUGGAGUGUUUGUGAUAGAGACACCAGACAGGCUAACACACUCUAUAAGCCAGAGACAAAGGAAGAGGAAGAGACAAAGGGUCUCACUGAAACAAUUCACAGAUUACCUGAGCGUGCCAUUGGGCUCUGAGCUCUGGGUGAACAUGUGUGGUAAAUACUCGGGGAGAAAAACUUUUCUAAAUUGGAGAAUGUCACUGCCCCUCCUUCAGUUCAUUCCUAUUAGCGAUAUACCACACCGACAAAACAAAGGAGCACUCCCAAGUAGCCAAUGGGUCUGUUCAAAGAAGUCAGCAGAGAUAUUGAGCCGUGGUUGUAACUGGUGUGAACCAACUAAAUGAUGGUUUUUAACUGCAAUAGGUUAUCCCUAUAUUCUCCAGGAAAAAAAAAAACAGCCCUGCCGCCCACUUUCCCAUUACUGAGUCCCAGUUCAUUUUGUAGUCUUGGAGAUACAGGAGAGGACCUAGAAGCCUAUAAGCUACUUACUUGUGCCCUCCAUUCCCAAACCUGGCCUUAGUCAUUUACAUUCGUAGGGGUGUGCAUGUCAGCAUAUGUGUGUGAGAGAGUAUGAAGAUUAAUGAGUGAUCUACUAGUAGGCAAAUUCAUGUAAACACACUAUUGAGAUUGUCUGACCUGAUUUAUUUUUAUAUAGAUAAGAGAAAGUUCCUUAUAGAAAUAAGUGAUUUGCUAGUCUGCUGUGUCAUAAUCAUAUGUGAAGAGUAAUCUUGUAUAAGGUUCAGUGUCUUGGCACAGAGGCUGCAGUUAUCAGAGGCUCAUUCGCAUCAUCAUCCAUUGUGACUGCUCCUUUUUUUUUUCUUUUUUCAGUGGACAGUGUCUUCGCACUUCUGUAUAAUUUUUAAAUACUGUUAGUGGUGAACCAAGAGUUUUUGAUACAGGCUAACAAAAUAGCCACAAAUAAUAAUCUAGAUUGCUGCAUUUAUGAAGCAUGCAUGCACCCAACCAGUUAACAUAAAAAACAUGAUGAGUUGCUUGUCCAUCAUAUCUAAAGAAACAACUAAACCCUCCUAUAUUUUUAUGCUUACAGCUUACUGACAUAGAGUUUAGGUUUCAGCAACAGAUGUUUAGCAUGCAUUGGCCUUCAUUUGACCAACAGUAAAAGCAGCCCAAGAGAUCACGCAAUUUAAAGUAAUGGAUGUGUACGAUACUGAAAGCAUGGGAGUUAUCAAUCUCUACUUUGUUCCUGAAAUCACUUAGAUAAGCUCUAAUAACACAGAAGGUUAAGUUUACCGAUAAUCAGUCAAAAAUUCCGUAAGUGGUAAAAACUCAUGCAUGAGCACACAUGCAAAAGACACAUGCAGGUAUGGAAAACGAUCUUCAGGAUGCAUAGACACAUUUAGUUUCCAUGGUGACAGCAGUGGUCCUCCAAGGCUGGCAACAGCUAAGCAGUGAUUUGUUAAUUGGGUGGGGAACGUCUGCUUGCUCACACACAGAAACAUGCACCCAUGAAGGUAUCCAUAGUAGUCGCAUGAUGGCAGAACCACUCCUCACUGUGCAUACUCAUGAGUGCUGUGUAAAUGUAUUAUGAUGAAAGGACCUUUGUGCAUCAUGUUUAUGUUCAAGAUGUCUGUAGCAUCCCACAAAUUCUAUGAAUUCAGUUUAGUUUGCUGACUGUUACCCACUGACCUGGACAACAUAAUGCAUUCCCUAUUUAUCGGUUUACACUGCCACAUAGGACAAACAGUCAACUGCCACUUUUAAAACAACAGACAUAUUGUCUUUACAAGACUUCCUCUAACCUUUAUAUAGAAAACAGAUCAUGAGAGGAGCAUGAAUCAUUUAUUAAGGCAGACUUUACAUCCAUAUAGGUCAUGUUAACAUGAGCUGAGUUACAGUCUGAGGACGUAAGAUGUAAUCAAGGUGAGCAAGGAGAAGCUCAGUGCCAAGAAAAUAUAUUCUCAGAAAAGUGGCCCAAUUGUUAAAGCUAUCUCAGUCAUUUCCUGACAAAAAAUAUAAUGGUUAACGGUGCAGGUAGAACAGGCCAACGGGCUAUUAUGAAGGUAAAAUUUGAUUCAAAAGUCAACAGAAGGCGAUUGACAUACUUUUUUUUUUUAGUGAGAGUCUAAUCACAAAUCUUGAUUUCGUUUCCCAUUUUAAUCACAGAGUUGAACCAUUUCAUAUUGCUCUCCCAUAGUGAGAGGAGCUGAGGUGUGAAAGGAAUAGCAAUGACUGUGAGAAGCAGAGGGAAGUGUGUGUGUAUGUGACUGCUGUAAAGCCAGGGCAUUAGAGCAGUUGGACUGCCGCUUAAUGGAAAAGAAUGAAUUGUUUCCAAUAUAAAUGUAGCCAUGAUGGGGAAUCCUGCUUUUGUUUUCUCCAUAGUCCAUUUGCAGUUCUGAUUAUAACAUGCAGCAGUUACACAGAUUGCAAUGCCAAGGGAACUCAAAAAUAAUAUAAGAAAUUAAAAUUUAUUUUUAGGUGAUAUUUAAUUUUUUGAAGUGAAGAUUUCUUGCUGAGAGAAGCGGAAUACUUAGGCAAAUAAUUGCACACAGCACAGUAGAGUCAGUUCCUAAAUCCACUACACUUCUUUGUAUAUCCAGCUAAAAUUUGGAUUGAUUUGAUUCCGAAGUCGCUGCUAAUAUUAGAAUCUAUCUUCACAAGAAAUAAAAGCAAUCCUUAACAAAAGGAUUUUGAAAUAUAAGCACAUGCAUUAUCGGCAAAAAGGAAUUCUAAAGUUGCAAGUUUGUUCCAAUACACUUUUCUUUUACUUUUAAUAGAAAAUAUCAGUUUGAAGAAGAGAGACCAUUGAGUUAUAAGCCACCAGCUAGACGUUUAUCCCAGAUUAACUUUUCACUACAUUUUUAUCUUUGGCUGUUAGGAGUCAAGGCCAAUGUAUGCCAAACAUUAAAAUGUGUUUUACCCUGUUACACCUCAUUAUCCAUGGAGAUUUCAUAAUGUUUACUUCAGUCAAGAUCAAACAAAUAUCAGUCAGAUGUUUCUUUCAGAGUGAAUGACAUCAAUUAAAAAAAAAAAGAUAAUUAAGUUUAAUUUCUCAAGAGUAAGAAUAAGAGCAUUUGGCUCACGCAAGCUCUUAUGAGCUCCUGUCCCAUCGUUUAAGUUUUCUGUAUUACAGUAGUCAGGGACCAUUUCUCACUGAAAUAUUUCUCAACAAAGAUGACAAUCAAUAUUUCAUGAACAGGCAGCAAGCACUAUUGUGGAGAACUGAGAUUCAGUUCGAGCAAAUAUUGCACAAAUGUGCACACAUGCGCAUACCUGCACUCACAAACAUAAGUAUUGAAAUCCUGACACUAGUGUUGACACUUAAGCUUUUAGAAAAGGUAGUGCAAAGGAACAUCGAGCAUGAUGUUUUAAUUUAUAACUUAGACUGUGAUACUGUGACAAAAUAGCAACAUAAUACAAAAAAUGGUCAAAUGUUUUUACAAGUCAUCCUUGUUUUCGUUUCAGUUGGACACUUUACUUCGCUCCAUUAUCACGGAAGUCAUUCAAAAUAAUGAAAUCUAACUGUAUAGCGGACCUUUUAAUUUCACUGAGGUCCCUGUGGAAAAAUUCAGAUGCGAAUCAAAGGAUUAAACCACCACUCUGUAUGAAGAAAACACAAUCAAGUGGUUUGUUUUACUCCUCAUUUAUGGAUACAAAUUAAAACAAAGAGCACAGAUUCAUUAACUUUUCCAUCAGACUCCCCAAUGUACAGUAAAUGCAUUUAGGCAAAAUCUAAAUUAGAGUUUGGUCGUUGUGCAACCUGCCAAAUUUAACUGUAAAGAGGCUCCAGUCUUUUUCAUUUCUGUUAGAACCCAACAGAACCUUUUCAAGGAUAUAUGGUAGUUUCCAAAUCCCAGAGAGAAACAUUGCUUUAUAAAGCAGCCCAGUUCCACAUCCUCUGAAUCUAACACUGUAUUACAGGGUUGGGGUCGAUUCAGGAUGCCUCGAUGGAGUAAAACACACAUCACACAUGACACUAUAAAAGUAAACAGUAUUAGAGCAUGACACAAAUUAAAGGCUAGUACAAAUUUAAUGCAUAAACUAUAUUUUUUCUACAGUUUAAGCUCUCAGUGGAAUUGACCCCAACCUUGCCUAAGCCAUCAGUCUUUGUAAAGUACAGUUUCCAGGGAAUUGAAAAAAAAAGAAGAUAUUUGAAUGACCUUAGCCAGCUCUUAUACAAUGUUGUUUGUAGGUCCCGACGCUGUCUGUUUUGUAAAAAAAAAAAAAAAAAGAAAAACAUUUUUACCUGUUGACUUUCUAUGCUGUUGUUUCUGUAUAAAUGUUCGAUUGUUCAGUGCAUGUUGUAACUUUGGCAUUGUGACUCACACAGAGCCAGUACUUGUCAUGUAAAAAAACAAAAAGUGUCUCAAUGUCCCAAGACAUUUCUAUUUCUUAAGAAAGCAAAAUUUCCCUUGAAUGACUCAAAAUGAAAUAAAUCAAAUCACUUUACAUUUUGA